AUGAACAGCAUAGUCUUGUGUAUUAAUUUGAAUAAAUUUUCAUCAUUUGAUAUUUCUUCAUCAUCGAGAUCGAAUUUAUCUAUUGUUUUAACAUCAGAAUCAACAAGUUUAUCUUCAACAAAAAUAUCGUCAAAACAUAGUAGCAGUACAACUUUUCGUCCAUAUUAUCCCGAUACAUUUAGUCCAGGAUCAAUCGCUGGAAUUAUUAUCGCUUCACUUGUGUUUAUUAUCAUAGUUUCAAUUAGUGGAUUUUAUAUUCGUCGUCGACAACUUUAUUAUUUACCAUAUUAUAACACUUAUCGUUCUUAA